UCUUGGGGGCGUAGACAGAAGGGGGUAAUAUUUACUAGCGAGUUUAGUUUUGAUUGAUGGAAAAAUUGUCCUGUCGUUUAUCGCCUUUCCCGAGGCCUCUCCUCUGCGUCCAAUCAUGAAUCGGAUUAUGCGGGGUUCCACUUCUAGUAGGAUACAUGAACGAUGUGCUUGCCAUUUAACAAAAUCGUAGAAUCUGUCUAGUACAGUAAUUACAUAGUUAAUUUGUAUACUUUUACUGUUUUGGUAACUUUCUUUUUUUAAUUAUCUAUAUAUACAGUGAGGCCGUAACAUUUCUUAAGAAUAUUUUGAACGCUUCGAUGUUUGACUGCGCUCUCAGUAAUCAACAGGUGCACAAGCCUGCAGGUAAUAAGUAAUUCGCAGAUCUACUCCAGCGUCUAUGUUUACAGUCGAGGUAUUUAGACGGUGUUCCGUUAUUUAUUUACCCAUUACCAGAUACGUUGUUUGCACGGAAAAAUGUCACAGAGUGGCUCGAGAGGCCAGCCGGCCAGCGACUUUCAGUGUUUUUCUGGUCGGGACAGUUACAAUGAAUUAGAGGCCCCCAUAGAAACGAUCGGCCCAUGUGGUGAAGAGGGACGUCCUUUUCUUGGAUCUUUGACUCCCAAGGUUCGGGUCCUGAUGCAUGAACGUCGCAGCCUUUACGAAGAGAGGCUGAGGCAGCUCGACUUCGAUCGCAGAGAUGCCCACUCCGAAGAAACCCUUCAGAUGAAAGUGAAGAUCCUCAAUUCAUAUGUGAAUGACUUGAUUGAUCAAAGCCAAAUGUUGACUAAGACUAUAGAAGACAUUGAAAUGGAAGCUAAAGAAAGACUGGCUUGCAUAAAUACAAAGCUGCAAGAAAGUGAUCAGCAACUCAGGCUUUUCAAGUCAAAAAAUGAACAUUAUGAAGAGGUUAUACAGAGUCUUCACGUGCAAAAUCGGGACCUGAAGAUUGAUGUUGCCACUCUUGUCAGGGCCAUUCAGAAGACAAAUUUAACAAUGAAACUUGAUGCUUCUUCAUUUAUGCUGAAAACCAUUUCCUUGGAGUGCAUUACAGGACCAGCCCCUGGAAAUUUGGAAGUUAAUAAGGCAGAAGACUUUGUGAAGGAACAUAUCAAUGACUUGAAGGUCCAACUUGAUGCCAAAGAACAAACUAUUCAGACAAUUCAAGAAGAACUUAAGAAAGCUUUAUGUGAGAAAGAAAGGUAUAUGACAGAGGCAUUUGAAAGAACUAAUUCAUUGUCUUUGCUGCAAACUAAAUUUGAAGAUUUCUAUAAAUCAGAAUUAGAAAAAGUUGGACAAAUAGCAGACAAGGAUAUUUUAAUUGCAAACCUCCAGACGAAGCUGAAGUUGGCAGAACAGGAUGGAAACGAUAUUCAGAAUGAAUUGCUCAUCCACAAGAAAAAUGUCAGUGAACUACAGAAGACCAUUGAGCUGUUCAAAGAAGAAAUUGAAGCAAAGAAUGAAGCUUAUAAUUCUCUUAUGAAAGCUACCAAAAUGUCUGAAGAAAAACUCACUAAAGAGCUGGAUGAUACCAAACGUGAGCUGGAGGGGGUGCAAGCCGACUUUAGAGAAGUUAAACGGAGGAAUGAUACAACACGGAAUGAGAUAUCAAAGCAUAGCAAAAAUAGUGAGCACGAAGAGUGUACAAGGAGAAUUUGUGAAUAUGAACAGAAAAUGAAGUGCAUGAAUGAGAAAAUGUAUGACCUUAGAGAGAAAUAUUCUGGAACACAAGAGCAGAUAAUGCAUAGGAGGCAAAUUAUUAAUGGUCAAAGUAAACCUUUCAAGCAUCUCAGUCAUCAGUAUCAAGACAUUGUGCAAGACCAUGGCAGACUUUUAGGGAAGCUGGAUCCUCAUACAGUGGCUUCUCCAUAUGAUCAAAAUGUUCUUAACAACGGGAUUUGUUGUACAGAAGACCAGAUCUUCUCUCUACGGAUGAAAGUGCAUGAAUAUGAGACAAAAAUAUCCACAGCAGAGGAGAAGGCUCAUCAAAUUGAAGAAAAAUAUAAACUAGCAUCAGCGUUAGUUGAAAAACAUAUGACAGAAAUACAAGACCUAAAAGAGCGGCUUUUAAAUAGUGAAGUUUCCUUGAAAGCAGCACAGUUAGAGUUAAAUGAACAAGCAGAAAAAACACGACAACUGCAGAUGGAUUUAACUGCUUCAGAAGCUUCCCAGGAUUGUCUGAAGAAGACACUGACGCUGAAAGAGCAGCAUAAUCAUGAAAUAUAUUUAGAGUUUGAAAAUACGAAGAAUAAUCUACAGGAACUGCAAGAGCAGAUUAAAAACAAGGAAAAUCAAAUUAAUACUAUGGAUUUAGAACUUGGCUUGAUGAAGUCAAGUUUACAGGAAAAGACUGAGAAAUCUAAACAGCUGGAAAAUCACAUUUUGAAACAGCAGGAGGACCUGAGUAGGACGAGUGAAGCUCUUAAAGAUGCAAAGAAGACAUCUUCUAAGAUACUCCAUUGGGAAAAUCUUGUGCAGAAGCUGAAGGAAGAGUCUUCACAGCUGAAAGAGCAAAUAAAGGAGCAAUCCCAGGACAUUAACAAGCUGAAUAGUGAAAAGAAAAAACUUGAACUGGAUUUGACGGUUGUCAUGGAGAAACACAGAACAGCACAACAAGAGGUUACCAACAGAGAUCAAGUAAUCUUGCAACUAAAGACCACCUUGAAAACUGUUGAAGAAAAAUAUCAUGCUUUACAGGAAGAAUUAGGUCUUCAGGAGUCUGACGUCACCAGAUAUAAACAGAAAAUGAAAGCCUUACAAAGUGAAGGACGUGAGUUGAUGGAGAAAAAUAAUGAGCUAGACAAUAAUCUGAAUGAAUCAGAGAAGCAAAACAAACAACUACAGCAUGAGCAAGCCAUGUAUGUAGAACAGAUACAGAAUUAUAUUAGAACUGUUGAGCAGCUUAACUCUGACCUUGAACAAACUAAAAGGGCUCACAAAACUGAUUUGGAAAGAUGGCAACAAAAAGUAACCUUCUUACAGCAACAACUGGACUGUACAAAUUAUGAAGUGAAGGAUUCAAAUGGCAAAAUCAAAGAUUUGAAAUCUUCACUAGCACAUUUCAGAGAGAAAUUGGACAAAACGGAGCAACAAUAUCAAAAAACAAUUGAGAAGGCUGAAAAAUAUGAAGUUGCUAUUAAGAGUCACAACUUACAUAUUGCACAGCUAAGACAACAUAAUGAUGAGCUUCAGACUAAGUUUAAUGAGAGCAAUGAUUUGGCAAAGAAAUUUCAGACUGCGGCUGAAUGUUACAAACAGAAAUAUCAUGUAAGUAUGGAGAAGAUAAGGGAACUGGACACAAAAGUACAAGAUCUUCAAGAAGCAGCUAAAAACUCAAGGAAUGAGAUAAUUCAAGCAAAAGAAGAAAUCUGCACUUUGAAAGAAAAGUGGCUAAGUCUUCAGCACCAGUAUGAGGAAAAAUGUACCCAAAUGAAGGACUUGGAAGAAACAGCUGAACAUUUUAAAGAAGAGCUGAAAACAGCUGAGGAUAACCUGAAGACAAAGAACGACCACAUUGCUAACUGCGACUGCAUGAUUUCAAAUCUGAAGGAUGAAAUUGCACAUCUACAAAAUGAGAUUUCAGAGCAAGCUAAUGCAGUUCUUCAGCUUCAGGAGGAUUUAUCCUUUUACCAGGCUAAUCACAGUCAUUCCAAUGAAGAAUAUGAAGUUCAGUAUUCCCUUGUUGAACAUCUGCAGAAAGAACUUGACACUUUGCAGAAAAAAUAUGCUGAAGUGUGUGAUGAAUAUAAAAUUGCUCAACACCAACUCAAGGCUGAAGAAGCUCGAGUAAAAGAAAAAGAGAAGAAGCAUGCUGUCGAGAUCGAACAGCUUGAACAGGAUCUGCAGUCCUUACGUGUGAAUGUAUCGGCCUCCAAGCAAAGCUACACACAUAGAGUGUCCCAGUAUGAACAAGACAUUGCACAGCUUGAAAGUGACCUUGCUGUGUUUAGGAAAACGUGCUCCCAAAAGGAUCAAGUUAUAAAUAAAAGAGAUAAUCUUCUUAAAAAAUCUGAAAUGAACAAUUUACAAGCAAGAGAAACUAUAAAAAAUAAAGUUAGUGAAAUUGAAAGAUUAAAUAAUCUAAUCAAAGAACUUCGAUUGGAAAACCAAAGCAUUCAUAAAGAGAAAAAACAGAAAGAAAAGGAAAAUGCAGCAUUACACACAGAAAUUCAGAAACUGAAUGAGGAGCUUCAAGUUAUUCACAAGCAGUACACAGAAAUUGCCCAGGAGCUUGCCAGUCAGGAUGAAAAGUUUCUUAUAAUGAAAUCCAGCUUAAAGACAACUGAGGAACAGCUAAAUGAAAAAGUUGCAGAAAAGGUACGCCAGGAGCACAUGUGCCGAAAGUUGCAGGCAGAGCUCAAGACCAUGGAAGAGCAGGUUUUAGCAUCUGAGGAGGAAAUGAAUAAGUACAUGGAAAUGGUUGAAAAAAUUAAAAAGGAACAUGAUACUACAAAACAGCAGUGCCAACAAGCACAACUGGAACUUUUAAAGUAUAAGCAAAAACUUGAAAAAGUUGAGAAGGAAUAUGGCACAGCCAAGGAAGAGACAAAGACCUUGAAAGAACAGUUUCAAGUCCAAGAAGACUCAAUUAAAUCUCUAAGAGAAGAGCUUACACAAGAACAAAAUCUGUAUCAGGAUCAGCAAAGGCAAUUCAACAAGUUAAAACUUCGAAAUACAGAUGUAGAGACAGAAGUAGAGCAAUUAAAUAUGAAACACUUGAAUGAUUCAACAAUGUUAAAGGAUUGUAAUAACAUUAUAGCGAAACUUAAAACAGAAGUUAAUCACCUUGAGGAAGAGUCCAAAAAUGCCCAAAACAAACUGUUUGAAGCCGAAGCACAAGUAAAGGAACUACUGGGAAAAAUUACAUCUUCAGAAAAAGAAAGAGAGAACUGUGCUGAACUGGUGCAGAAUUAUGAGAUGAAAGUAUCCGAGCUAAGCACAGAGCUAAAACAGAUGCAGAACAUAAGAGAAGACCUUGCGACUAAACAGGAAGCUUUGGAGGUUAUGAAGACAGAAAUCACAGCACUGCGAGAGAAAGCCACAUCCAAAGAGAAAGAGCUGGAAACUGUACAGCAGACUCUGGAAGCUGCAAAAAUGGAUAACAGCCGCCUCCGUCAAGAAUUUGAGCUGGUGGUUGCAAAUGUUAACCGAUGGAUUAAAGAUCAAAAGAUUGCCAGUGACAAUUUGGGUAUGAAGAUAAAAGAACAAAACCGACUCCUAACAAUUGUUACUACAGAGAAAGAUCAACUACAGGAAAUGAAAGCAGAAUUAGAAAAUGAACUUCGAAUACUGAAAGAAGAGCUGAAAGCAACAAAAGUUGAAAAUGAAAACAUGAAGGCAUUGAAGAGUCGCUCCACUAAUCAGCAGUUACUUCUAAAUCAACUUAUAGGUCAGCUCAAAGUUCAGGAGCAUGAACAAGAGAGUAUUUUGACAGAGAAACUAUCCACCAUUGAAGAUUUGCAUUGCAGAUUAAAAGCCAGCAUUGAAUCCGUUCAUCUGCUUAACCAACAGCUUAACGCCCUGAGCAAAGAGAACACUCACCAAAGACAACUCCUGGAGGAGGAACAAGUAAAACGAGAACAGCUUGAGAUGCAGUUAAAGACCUGCAAUCAGACCUUUAGUCCCCUCAGGGCGACAGUGGAGUUGAGAACAGAGGAGAAACAUCAGCUCAGACCCUUUGAGCCUUCCCAGAAGACGGAGACAAGGUGCUCUGACCCCGAAGCCUUUCCAAACAUAUGGUCAAUUCUUGAGCGUGAGCCUAGCCGGACCUCUGGAAGUGAACUAAGUGAAAUCUUAACCAAGAGGGAUUUCGAGGACUCGUGGAAGGUAGACUCCCUUGAUAAAGCGUAUUGGUUCCAGCGAUUCGGAGAGGGCACAUCACAGCUAAAUGAAAUCACGGAUUUCUGGUCAGAUAAAAUAAAUGCACUCAAUGUGGAAGUCAACCAAGCAUAUGCGACAACACCGAAGAAAUAAUUUUCCUCUCCUGGUAUAUUUUCAACAUUUGUACAAGUAAUCAGUCCAGCAUGCUUAGAUUAAGGUGAAAUGAGGUUUUUACUGUCCAUUUAAUAGUUAACAUCAAAACUGAAAGUGGGUUAUAUGAAAUUUCACAAGUUGGUCAUAAUUAAUGUUUUAUUUUUUUCUAACACAACAUCAAUAGAAAUUAAUUCCCUGAAUUGGAAAUCCUUGCUUUGUUUUCAGCCUUUUUUUUUUUUUGAAGUAAUUCUUCUGAACAAGUCUCCCAUUUAGCCUUCCUGAGAAUGUUUAUUUGUGUAUAUACUUGGCUCAGUAGAUUAAUUUGCUUAAUUUAUUAAACAAUCCUUGGUCAGUGGCAUAUAUUGCCGUGCAGCGCGUGCAUGAAAAUGCCAGUGGGUAUACAGUCAGCAGGAAAUUAGCUGUCAUCUCCAUCUAGUGAUCCCGUGUUCUCAUAAAUAAAAAAGAGGUGAAUCACCUUGUAUGUUUGUAGUGCAUGCUGAUAAUGUCAUUUUCAUUUAAAUUCAGAUACGGUAGGAAAUCAUUAUUCAUUCUUUCUUUUUAAAUGUGACAUUGUUAAAAAGUAUGUAUAGUGUGUACAUAGCGAAUUUCCCCCAAUUAAUUGUUUGAAGAUAUUUCUUAAAUCAUUAAAUAUGAAAUGUGUUCUUUAAUUUUGCUUAUAAUUCAAACCUGGACAACUCAGAUAUUAAUGGGCCAGUAUAUGUGCUACAAUUUACCUUUUUUAACUAAUUUUUAUACUGAACAGUGCUCACGCAUAAAAUGAUCAUUUAUUGAAUGAUGCAUUUAUGUAACUAAUGAUGAUUAUAUGGUGAGUGUUUUUUACUUCUUAAAAAAUAUUAAAUGAAAAUUGA